AUGCUUGAACUUCACAAAACGAAAAAACCUCUAAAAUAUGAUCGUGUUGACAAGGCUGUCUCCAAUUGGUUUACGGAAGCCAGCCGUGAAAACCUCCCAAUUGCAGGGACAAUUAUAAAGGAGAAGGCUAAAAGGUUUGCAAUUAAAAUAGGAGAAACUGAUUUUGCUGCAAGUAUAGGUUGGCUUGAUAAAGUCAAAAAAGAAAUGGCAUUGUUCAAAAAACAGUAUCUGGAGAGAGUGCCUCACUUGAUCAAGAAGACUGGUAAGAAAUGUCACGGUGGUAAACAUAGUAAAGAGCGGGAAACAUGUGUGAUUGCGCCAAAUAUAAGUGGCAAACGCAAUAAGCCACGAUGUUUACGAGGAGUAAAGUCUUUACCUGUAAAGUACCGAGGAAACAAAAAGUCGUGGAUGGUAACUGACUUUUUUGAAGAUUGGGGUAAGGAAUGGGGCAAGCAGCGUGAUGAAGAAAUUUCACUUUCGGUUGCAUCUGAUGAAGUGGAAUCCAUCAGUGACAAUGAAGUUGAUGCUGAUGCAGCUUUAGUUGAAGGCUUAACUGUGCAGCUGAAACAAGGUCCAUGA